AUGGACGCGGUCAAGACCGAGGAGUCAACGGCGGCAGCUCAAAGCUCAGGCUCAAGUCCGCCAGCGACAGGUCCACAAGAUUGCCCAACCUGUGUUAGAAGGCGCAUCCGCUGCGAUAGAUCACUUCCUACGUGCAUCAAAUGUGCGAAGAAAAGCCUAGUUUGUCCGGGCUAUGGCCCUCGACUGAGAUGGGCCAAUGGUAUAGCCGUUCGUGGGCACCUCAAAGGUCGCACCACGCCACACAUAGAGAAACCACCGAAAGUCAGCAAAGCACCCUCAAAACUCUCGACCUCGCCGAAAUCCGUGAAGUCCUCCGGCACCGAUGAUACUCCAAGAACAGGACCCGGCAUAGACCCGCUGGAGGAGCUCUUUCCUGGUUUUCCAGACCCCUCCACUAGAUCUCGCUUGCUCAGUUAUUAUGACCAACAAAUUGCGGGUCUGAUGGUGUGGAUUGAUUCCGAGAAGAACGAAUAUCGUCGCCUGGUCGUACCACUGGCAGAGCAACAACCGGUAUUGCUUUUAGCCAUUCUCGCCAUCUCUGCUCAGCACCUAGCCGUCACGACAGGCCAGGAGACGAGUUUUCCCGCACGAGCCCGAGACGCGGCCGUCACGAUGAUAUCGAAGCAGAUCCAGCAGGUUACCGGCAAGCUAGCAGCCGGCUUCGAUCUCGGCAGUCAAAUUGACCCAGACACCGCGGUCUGGAUGCUCGCGUCAAUGUUGACUUUGGCCAACUAUGAAAUGUCCGAGACGGAGACUGGAGCGGCGGCCGCCGACUCUCACAGACAAGCUGCUAGGACAUUGGUGAAUGCUCUUGCCACCACUAAUCGCGAAACCAACGCCUUGUUCAAUUUCCUCCGAAACCAGCUCGCCAUCUAUGAUAUCCUGGCCUGCACCACAAUAUUCGGAGCCAUGAGUACGGUCGAGGUUAUUCUCCCUGCACCGGAUCAUUCCAACCUCAUCUUUUCGGAGUUCUUGUCGCUUCUGCACAAGGUCACCAUUUGGUCACGACAGCGGCAUGAAAAACAGUUCUCGGGGCAAUUCAGCCUCAUAGACGUACCGAUCACCUCAGUCGAUGUACGUGCGGGAUUUGAGCAAGCGCGAGGAUCGACCUUAAUGGCUGCUGGCAUCCUUGCUCUGCCUAGGGACGCAAGACGACGCGAUUUCGUUCGAAUCGUUGACAUCUACCACCACGCUGCACUGCUCUACACCUAUAGGGUCCUCUUAUGUAGCCACGUUGAGCAAACCGAGAUCAACGCCGCGGCAAUGCUCCUGUUCGAGAGGCUGGAUCAACUUGAAGACAAACCGAGUUGCAUGCAAAAUCUGCCGUGGCCUGUGUUCAUCGCAGGCACCGAAUGCCGUGAGGACCCGGCGCGACAAGCUUUUGUAGCGAAAUUGUACGAGGACAUUGCUCAAGAUAUGGGCUUCAAAUACUACAUCGGAAUUCUACACUUUUUGCAAGACCUCUGGUCGAACAGGCUUACCGACUGGACGGAUUUAGCUCGCCGCUACGAAGCCAACGGCAAGAAGAUCGUUGCUGUCUGA